UUUCAUCCUCUCUUUUCGUCCUUGCUGCUCGGCUUCGUUGCUGCAGGUGGUGUAUAGAUUGCACGCGUCGCUUCUUCGGCUUCCUGGCUAUUCGACUUCGCUCCUUCUACGACUUUACCUCCUGUCCGAUCGGAAGUUACGACAUUUUGAUCGGAAGCAAGAACAGGAGCUCGCUAGCUGUGAAGGUUGCUUUCUCCCUUUCGCGCGCUUAUUCGGCAAAAUCCCGUUAAAUCCACCGAACCGAGGGAUUUAGUAAAUCCGGGAUUUAAGCCGUAAAUCCCGAAUUAACGCCCGCACAAAGACCGUUUGGCUGGAUUUAGCGUAAAGCCGACUUAAAUCCCAACAUAAAUCCGAUACCAAACAGCCCCUAGGUUUGCUUUUUCUCUUCUUUAUCGUUGUUGCUGUUCGGCUGCGUUCCGCAGGAGUAGAGAUUUGCACGAGUCGCUUCUUCGGCUCCUUCGUCUACUUUGUCGGAAGUUACAACAUUUUUAUCGGAAGCAACAACGGGAACUCGCUCGCUGUGAAGGUAGCUUUCUCCCUUUCGCCGGCCAGCCAAUCCAUGGCGAUCUGGAUACGGAUACUCUCCUUUCUAUCAAGUGCGAUCGCCAUCAUCGUUGCUUCCAUUGUUGGUACUGUGAUCUCAUGUCUGCGGCGGCGGCGAUGUGCUGUUGGGUUCUUCCACCCGUACACGAACGACGGAGGCGGCGGGGAACGCGUACUGUGGUGCGCUGUUAGAGCAGUGCAGGAUGAGAACCCCGAUCUCGAUUGCAUCAUCUACACCGGUGAUGAUGCCUCACCGGAAACUCUUACUGCCAGGGCGCUUGACAGAUUUGGCGUCCACCUCCUUCACCCGCCUAUCGUUGUUCGCUUGUACAAAAGGAAGUGGGUAGAUGAGAAAUCCUAUCCCCGUUUCACUAUGAUUGGGCAAAGUCUAGGUUCUGUCUUUCUCUCUUGGGAGGCCUUAUGUAAAUUUACCCCUCAAUACUAUUUUGACACCAGCGGCUAUGCUUUUACAUAUCCGCUUGCUCGGAUAUUUGGUUGCAAAGUUAUUUGUUAUACUCAUUACCCAACAAUCAGCUCAGAUAUGGUCUCUCGUGUUCGUCAACACAGUUCAAUGUAUAAUAAUGAUGUUCUUGUGGCUAAAAGCAUUUGGCUAUCUCGUUGUAAGAUUGUCUACUACAUACUCUUUAGUUGGCUGUAUGGCCUCGUGGGAUCCUGUGCACAUCUUGUCAUGGUAAAUUCCUCUUGGACAAGAUCUCACAUUGAGAAGAUAUGGAAGAUUCCUGCACGUAUUAAGAGGGUGUACCCUCCUUGUGAUACUUCUGCCCUUCAGGUGUUGCCAUUGGAAAGACCUUCUGGGAUACCUAUCCUUGUUUCUGUUGCCCAGUUCCGCCCAGAAAAGGCUCAUGGUCUUCAACUUGAAGCAUUUGCACUUGCUGUCAAUAGACUAGGACCAGACAUGACUAAACCGAAGCUACAAUUUGUUGGAAGCUGUCGGAAUAAGGAGGACAUAGAAAGAUUGCAAAAAUUGAAAGUUAGAGCAUCUGAGCUUGGCAUGGAAAAGAAUGUGGAAUUCUACAAGGAUGUGAAGUACAGCGAAUUAGUGCAGCUAUUGGGAAACGCUAUUGCUGGGCUUCAUUCCAUGGUAGAUGAACAUUUUGGCAUCAGUGUGGUGGAGUAUAUGGCAGCAGGGGCUAUCCCAAUCGCUCAUAAUUCAGCAGGGCCAAGAAUGGACAUCAUUCUUGAAGAAGAUGGAAAGCCAUCAGGAUUUCUGGCCUCAAACAAAGAAGAAUAUGCUGAUGCCAUUCUCAAAGUCCUGAGGCUGAAAGAAGCAGAAAGGCUUGAAAUAGCGGCAACUGCAAGAAAACGUGCAGAGAAGUUUUCAGAGAAAAUGUUUUAUGAAAAUUUUAAAUCUGCUAUUCGACCCAUCUUCUCUAGACUCCAUGCUCCCACAUAGGAAAAAUUAUUCUGUGCAGUCGCCAAAUGGCGUCCAGAAUCGAAUGAGAAAAUAUUACGUCAUUUUUUUGUUGUGUACCGCUGUUAUGUACCCCUCAGUAUUGGUUGACAUGGUGCGUUCUGAUUCGUCUAUGGACCGCUCGAUGAUCACACAGAAUAAUUUCUCCCCGCAUAGCAUGGAUCCGUUAAGACUUCCGUGAAAUUUCAUAUCUUCCAAUGCGAAGUUGACGUCCCAACUCAUGCAGAAACUAAUUUUAUCUUUUUUGUCCAAGGAGGUUGUGUCUUAAUAAAAGAGGAUAUAUUUGAUUUUUGUAAAAUUUGUAUCUUUUCCCUCA